AUGUUGUGCUACACUGGUCUCGAAUGUUUCCGCCAACGCGUAGUACUAUCAUUUACUUCAUGCAAACGGAUUGAAAUAUCAUCAGAAAAGCCAUUUCAACCUCAUCAUGAGUCCAUUCUAUCAAUCCUAUCAACUAUAAGCUCUGGCGGCAAAACAAAAUUAUCUAGUUUAGAAGCUGGACAAAAAUUGGAGCUAACUCCAGGCCCAAUAAAAGGAGGCAAUUAUAUAUUCAAGUUACCUGCGUAUAAAGAGCCUUUUUAUUAUCUGGAGCCUUUGAUAUUUUUGGCACCUAUAUCAUCUGGACCCUUUAAGGUUGAAUUAAAGGGGAUAAUAAAUAAAGGAGAGCCAAAUAGAUGGCAAAAUCUAUAUUCAGAUCCAUUCGUUUCAUCUUUAUCGGUAUAUAAUAAGAUUUAUCAAUUGGUUGGAAUAGUUGGGUCUGUCAAAGCAACCAAAAACUAUUCCAUCAUUUUUGAAUGUAUUCCUAAGCGAAAGUUCGAGCCUAUAUCAUAUUUAUCACCUUCUCCAAUAUCAAGAAUUAGAGGAUCGAUUAAGGUUAUAUCAAUAUCACCUGCAAUCGCACACUUAGUAGCAAAUCUAAUAAAGACAUAUUUUUCACGCCUUUCUGACAACGUUUGGAUUGUUGUUGACUGCCAUAAAAGGAAUGAACAAAGGCCUCAACCAUUCUUAGGAUUAAGCAUGAUUGCUGAAAAUAAAUGUGGAGUUACAUUUACAGUUAAUAGGUGCAUAAGUCCCGAAUGUGGGCUAGGGUCGAUUGGCGAAAUUGAAAAAAUCGCCAAUCCAAGAUCAAUCGACAAUAACGUUUCAAUUAAAGAUUUAGCAGAAGAUAUGGGGAUUUCGGCUUCAAAUAGACUUUUAUCUGAAAUAAUAAUUGGAGGAUGGGUUGAUUCUGCGCAUCAGCAUUUACUUUUAUUUUUUAUGGCAUUGGGUGGAGAUCACAAAUUAGGAAAGCUUAUUGUCGGAAAUUUGACAGGAUACAGCGUUGCUUUUUUAAGGCAUUUGUACGAUUUUCUUAAAGUGCCAUUUUCAAUUACCCCAUUCGAAAAUAAAUUUCAAGUAUCGUGUAUAGGAUGUAACUACACUAACAUUUUGUACAAAAUUGAUUAA